AUGCUUCGAACUGCUGCUGUCAGAGCUCUCCGAGCAGCUUCGACAUCUCGAAUCAUUCGACAAGCCUCCUCCGCAAGACCGCAAGCUCUAAAUACCUUCCUCCGAUCAUCACCAGCUGCACCAUCACUCGCCCUUCCAUCCAUAAGACUCUACUCCGCCCCAGCCGGUCUGUCGAAAGAUGAAGUUCAAGGAAGGAUAAUGGAUCUCCUGAAAAACUUUGACAAGAUUACCGCUACCGCGCAUUUUGGCAACGACCUCGGCUUGGACAGCCUUGACACGGUGGAAGUUGUCAUGGCAAUUGAGGAGGAAUUUAGCAUUGAGAUCCCAGACAAGGAGGCUGAUGCCAUUCACAGCAUCGAUCAGGCAGUCAGCUAUAUCUGCUCUCAACCAGAUGCGCAUUGA